UCUUUGGGCCUGUCCGGCUUCGCUUCUGCCGGCGUUUGCAGUGUAAACUUUUUGCACAUCGUUGCUGCCAUGGACUGGGCAUCCAGCCGUGCCAAGACUAGCAGGUAUGACACGGAGGCCGAGCGAAGGCCGGUGAAGCCGCAUCUGGCGCCGCAAAAGGCGUCAGAGCAUAGUACGGGCUUCACAUCGCAAGUGACCGGGAUGAUGGCUGACAGCAUCGUGGACAAGGCCAUCAAAGACCGAACUGCCCAGCUUCAAAACGAGGGUUGGAAUGGCGGCUACAACAAUGGAUACAAGGCUGAUGCGAACGGAGAGAUCCAGGCAAAAGAUGAUGAGGAGCGGGACGGCCACGGUGCAGACGUGGACGACGACCUCGAAGCGCUGCGAGCACGGCGGCGGAAGCAAAUGAAGGAGAUGCAGGAGAAGAAGCAGAAGAAUGCAGCUCUAGGUCAUGGUUCCUACGAUGAAAUCGCCGAAGAGGAGUUCCUGAAGGUCGUCACAUCUUCGCAGCUGUGCGUGGUGCAUUUCUAUCAUAGACAUUUCGAGAAAUGCAAGAUCAUGGACAUGCACCUCAGCAAAUGUGCGAAGAAGUUUUUUGGCACAAGAUUUGUCAAGCUGAACGCGGAGAAGGCGCCCUUCUUUGUCGAAAAGCUGGCAGUCCGGACACUCCCUUGUGUCAUUGUCUUCAAUGAUGGCGUUGCCAAAGGGCGGCAAGUGGGCUUUGAAGGACUGGGUGGAGAUGAAUUUGCCACCGGGCAGCUGGCCUGGAAGUUGAAGGAAUGGGAAGGCAUUGAGGAGGAUUUUGAUCCUGAUGAUGAUUUCUGAUCGCUGCGAACGACCAGCGGCAGUUUCACAGAUUUUGGGGAAGCAACUGCUCUUCUGAGUGCAAGGUACACUUCAGUGAGUGGUUGUGAAUCAAGUUGCAUGUGCAGGAAGAACAA